AUGCAAGAUACAAGUAUUAUUGGUGCUGAAAGUCAUCCACUACACCUUCAUGGUUACAAUUUCUUUGUGGUUGGUCAAGGCUUUGGAAAUUAUAAUUCUAGCAAGGACCCUGCUAAUUUCAACCUUAUUGACCUUGCUGAAAGGAACACUGUUGGUGUUCCAUCUGGAGGUUGGGUCGCCAUUCGCUUCCUUGCAGACAAUCCAGGAGUAUGGUUCAUGCACUGUCAUCUUGAAGUACACACGAGUUGGGGGUUGAAAAUGGCUUGGAUGGUAAUGGAUGGAAAAGGUCCCAAGCAGAAGUUACCUCCUCCACCAUCUGAUCUUCCUAAAUGUUGA